CAUCCCAAGAUGGCAGCUCGUGAGAGUAAUGGAACUUUGUGAAUGUAAAGUAAGACAAUUUCAGCCCCAUUUUCUUCCUACUCCUUCGUCCUUAGUUACCUCAUUGUACAGCGAUAGCUGUAAAGGUAAAUAAGGCAUAUGAGCUAUGACAUUAAAUUAUUUUGGCCAUGGAUGGAUCAUUUUUGAGCCCGAAAGAACAGCAGUGUUACUCGGCGUUGUUCAGCACACUGGAUACGGAGAGCGCAGGUCGAAUCAAGACGGUCGAAGUAUUUGAGUUUUUCCUGAGGUCUGGUUUGAAUCCAGAGGUUUUGCAACAGAUUGUUGAAAUAUGUGGAGCCAAUCGAGUUGGUCACUUUGGUCGAAGUCAGUUCUACAUCGCUUUGAAACUGAUAGCUAUGGCUCAAAACGCUAUACCCUUACCAGUGUCCAAGGAAAUGAUGGUUCAAGGGAAUGAAGUUCCACUGCCAACAUUUGUGGCUCGCCCAAAUGCUGGUGUUAAAACUCAAGCAGAUCCAGAUGAUCCUGGUCAAAUGGAGUUCGUCAAUCCAGCUUUCAUAGAUCUUGGUCCUGAUCGCAGUGCUGUUCUGUCUGGCAAAUUUCAACCAAGUCCGAGAUCUCACGGAUCUUACCCCCAUGGUGAUCCAACGAUGUCUCCAACUCGUACAGCUCAUGUACCACCUCUUAAUAUUGCUAGUUCCCCGCCACCGUCUUCACCUCGAGACUCCUCCCCUUUUAAUGACAACCCUCCAUUGUCCCCACCUAAUACAAUUGAGCAACAGCCAAGUUUAUCAUCACCGAACAACGCUCGUGAACAUCAACCCAUCCUAGAUAAACAGGGAAAUACUCCUGGAUUCUUGCCAAAGUCUGAUGAAGGAUGGGCAUCGUUUGAUGAGAGAGAUCGGCAAGGUGACUCAAAAACAACGAACUCAGUGAAUAAUUUAUCAAGUGACACAUCCUGGGCAAAGUUUCCAGAGAAUCGAGAUCGAUCUGGUUCAGAUAAAAGUUCAGGUCACGAUAGCAGUGAGGAUGUUUGGUUGAUAACUCCAGAACAACGAGAGUAUUACACCAAUCAGUUCAAGACGUUAAUACCGAACACGAAGGGUUUAUUAUCAGGUGCUGAUUCUAAAGAAUUCUUUGAAAAGUCUAAACUCCCAACAGCUGAAUUAUCCAAAAUAUGGCAACUUUCUGAUGUAAACAAAGAUGGAACAUUAUCCUUAGCGGAGUUCUGUACAGCGAUGCAUCUUGUCGUUGCUAGGAAACACAAAGUGGAUUUACCUGAUCAGCUGCCAGCCAGUCUCAUUCCUGUCAUUAGUCCCAAUCAAGAGGAAGCCCCCUACUUUAUUCCUGCAGUUGGUGUUCCGAAACAAGUGACUACCCCAGCAAGGAGCGUAACUCCGCCCACACCUUCUACUAAGAAGGAGAAGGAUGAGAAUUGGGCCACAUUUGCUGAUUCUCCUUUUCCUGCCACUCAGUCGCCAUCUUCACAAUCUCCUGCUAAUUUUGACUUUGCCUCCAUAUCUCCAGACCCUGAUGCUAACAUCUUCCAGCCAGUUGCUCUUCAUGUUGCUCCGGAUGGCAAGACGGUUAAGAUAGCACCGGACGCUGAAGGAAGACAAAGAACUCAUUCAGAUCCCCUACGAAUAGAAGCUCUUUCUGAUGAAGACAAAGUGGAAGAGGAAGAUUCUGCUUUUACGAUGAAGAAAAGAGCAGCGACUGUAGGAGAGAAAGACAUCUUAGCUAAGCUUGCCCCACCACCACCAGUAGAGAGGACAAGGAGAGGUGACAGUUUAGAGCGUGGUGUGAUGCAAUGUGAAGCUCCUGAUGGUUAUAUAAAGUACACCCCACGAUCUCGAUCUAGAUCCUACUCGGGUGUGCCCCUCCAGCAGCGGUUACCAGUGCCCCUCUCUAGACAUUCUGCCCUGACAGAGUCCUCUUUGGAGCCCUCUUGGCAGGGGCAGUCUCCUACCCCUAUAGGUACCUCUAUAGGUACCUCUAUAGGUUCCUCUGUAGGUACCCCUAUAGGGGAGGAGUUAACCCCACCUGCCUUACCCCCAAGGUUUAACGGUACCCACUCUCGCUCUAUGUCUCUUGAUCGUAAACAGCUUAUCCUGCUUCCUGAGCGACAGGUUCUUCCACCUAGGCCUAGCAUCCCACCAAGACCCAUAACUCACUCCAGUUCUCACUCCAGUGAUCAGACGCAUUCCUCUGCUGCAUCUAGUAAUCGUAGCAGCUUCUCCUCAUCUUUAGACGGUAAUGAGGCAGAAGUUUCACAGGGUGACUUUGCUGACUUUAGUCAUUUUCAUGAUGAUAGGAAGGGAGAUUCGAUGGCAGCUGGGCAGGGUGAUUAUUUACCAAUGCAUUUGCCAUCUCCGAUGCUAAGCAGUAAAGAUCGACAUAUGUCUAGUGAUAUGUUACAAGCAGAUGAGAGGAGAUCGCAGUUUGCUAAUGAUAGAAAGAGACAUACAUCAGCGCCUGAAGCUGCCGGUGUGUCAUCAGAUUUGAUGCUAUGUGAUAGGAAAUCAAUCCAAGCGGCCAUUAGAAGAGCAAAAGAAGAAAACACCAAACUAUCCAGACUGAACAGCGAGCUGCAACAAGAACUAACACAAAUUACAGAAGAUCGUCUUUCUUUAGAGAUUGACUUAAAGAAACUCCGACCCUUUGCUGUUAAUACAUAGGGCUUUCAGCAUCAUCUCUAAUGCUAAAUAAAUAGUGUAUUUUUCUUGAGAUUGUUAACUCUUUAUUCUGUUUUGUGAUGGCCAUUUUAUCUUGACCCUUAUAACUUUGAACAUUUGCUAUUUGGGGUUUGUUCCUUGCUUCCCAGUUUCAUUGGUAAUAUUUCAGUUGAGCUUCCAAUCAGGAGAUACGUUGUGAAGUUAGAUUCAAGAUGCUGAUUAUUGACACACAUUCACAAAGCUCCAAUUUCUUGAAGAUUGAUUAAUUGGAAUGCCAUAAAUAGAAUUCUUUCAGUUGUAAUCUUGGUAUUCAAAUUUCCUUUAUUAUUUUUUAGUCAUGCUGAAUGAAAGAGUUCUGGUUAUACAUUUCUUUCUGUACAAUGUUAUCACAUCACAUUUCAGGCAUAAUUUGAAAAACGUUUAUGUUGAACAAUGAGAAAAUCAUUAGAGCAGGAAUUGAACGUGGGACCUCCAGAUUAAUGAGCCAGAGUGCUCAGGUUCAGUUUUCCACUCUUAUCAAUUUGUCUUUUCCGGAAAAUCAUUCAAGAUGUCCCAUACAGUUUCCCUUGUGGUUUGCUUUUAUAGGAAAUAGAACAGUGUUUGAUAUAAAUUUGUACAUGAAUAAUGUCUAAGAGGUAUCGUUUAUGUCUUUAUAUAAACCCUUCACAUCUUUUGGGAUAACUUCGUACCUUUAUUUAUUCCAUUGUCUACUUAUGUACGAAUGGCAUGUAAUGUAAACCCUUUAUUCUGAUUAUUUGAUGAUUGUUGUUUGCUACCCCCAUGUUGUUCCUGCUGCUAUUUCUUCAAGUACUCAUUUGAUAUA